UUGUUUCCUUGUGCUGGCCUCUCCUCGCCGCCAGCUACGAGGUAUCCUGUCUACGAUGGUUGGAGACUGUCUUGUGUUGGAUGCCCAAGCCUUGGGCGUUAAGGCGUGUUGCGUGGUGGGGUCAAUAUGCGCGCUCAAACGUCUAUUUGGUUGUUCAUGACUUCGUUUCGAUGACCGUUAGCUGUGAUGGGAACGAGAUCCAUUUGUUGUUGUUGUUGUUGUUGUUGUUGUUGUUGUUGUUGUUGUCAUCACUGUCUGAAUACAACUGGCAUGGUCACCACAAACAGCACUCUGCUCCCGAAAGCGGUGGGUUUUGUGAAGCCCAGGAUCCUGAAUCUAGCGAAAAGAGCGGGAGACGUAGAGCACGUAGCCUAUCCUUUCUCGUGUCAAAACACCAGCCUGAACUCUAGCCAACAGCGUCUCCAUCAGCACCUUCUCCGUACCCGCCUCUUCACCUCACCCCUCCCUCCCUCGCUCCGCAACCUCCUCCCAUAUCCUAUAUACUCUCCACCCCUGUGGACAAACCCUCCCACCCCCUCCGCCGAACCUAGUCUCAUUCCGGCUGUGUAUGAGGCCAAGAACCACUCGUUUCUGGAAGCACUCGGUGCGCCGUGCACCGACUGAGGACCUAGUUUUGGUCAGGGCCAGCAUUCCGGACAGCAGUGUUGUGAAACCCUUGUUAUCGAGAAUGCCGAUGACAGCAUCGCGAGCGGCUCGUCCGAGACAGGGUGCGCUUUAUCAACAGUGUUGCACCGCUCCU